CUCGUUCACAAUGUUUGAUUUGAAUUUUCCAGGAUUUUUAUUUCUGGCUUUGAUUAAGUGAAUUCUUAGAGGCAUUAGUCAAGAGACGAAACUGUUCUUUCUCUUUUCUUCAAUUAUUAUAGCAAGAGCAUUGUGAACUUUACAGCUUUAGUUUUUCCUUUUGUUGGUACAUUCCUCUGCAAGAUCAUUGGUGUAAUGACAGAAAUUGAUAUACAUUUAGUACGAAGUUACUAGCAAAUUGAAUCAGAAGAUCAGGAAAUUCUAGAUUUGAAUAUGAAAGUCCACAUCACCCAUGCUCGCAGUUCUGGAGUUCAGAACACCUUUGCACGGCCUAUGGACUAUGUUAUGUUAAUGGGGAUAAACAUCUCUCCAGUUGCGCUAGUUAUGGGACUCAUUGACCCUUCAUGAUAGGGUUGUUUCAUGAUUUUGCUUGCUAUUACAGCUUUGUUUGAUUAGUAGAUUCGAUAAUUUUUUUAGUUUCUCGCAGCCACCCUACCUUAUGAUUAUUGAUUGUUUCAGUUAUUCGCUUUAUGAUAUGCGUGAAUCUCUUGCUGUUUUCCAUUGCAAAUGACAAGGGAAAGAUUUGUGAUUGUUUACAUGGUCCCUAUUACUCCAGCCCUUCCUGGGGAUCCACAAACAUUGUCGUUUGCAUGUAUGUAAAUGUCACUCAUCAGCAAGUAGUUAAGUUGAAGGCCUAUCCUAGAACUUGAAAUGAAAUGGAUAGGUUCUUUUAUUAAAACCCAUCAAAUUUUUUACCAGUUGAUUCCUAUUGGUGUUUACUAAUCAAAUAUAGCAUUGAAAGUCUGCGCAAAAUUCAUGGAAAAAAAAAAAACUUGGACUGAGUGAGUGAUGAGAACCACUAACUGAGCUGUCGUGACAUCGCCCACAAAGUGUAUCACUCGAACCUGUCAAGGCUCUAACUUGCAGGUGGGUGAGAUUUUCCUGGCAGCUGGAACAGCUUUCAAUAAGCUCGCAGAACUGACUAUGCAGCUUCACCCCACAGCUGAACAGUCUCCCUCAGGCACAAAAUGGACAGACGAAGAAAUAGAAAUGCUGCGAUCAUCUGUGAGAAGAUUUGGUGAUGAUCUUAAUGUGAUCAGUCAGAGGAUAAAGUCUCGUACUGUGACUCAGAUCAGGACUGCACUAAAGAAGAAAGCAUUCGAAGAUGCGGGGAUCUCUCCACAGGCAGCAGCUGCGUUGCAAGCCCAGCAGACAGCAACACAGUCAGGAGCAAGUGCUGGGGGAGGGAGCAUGCUGGGGGGAAGAGAUGUGACACUCAACAUGCUCAAUGCCUCUGAAUCAGAGGUUGACGUGGAAGGGAUGGGGGGAGUGGGCAUGGACUUCGAGGGGGCAAAUGAAGUUGUUACGUCUUAAUGAAUCAUUUGAAUUUGUUUAGGUAAUAUUGAUGAUAAUUAUAAGGAAAAUUAUGUUUUUUAUGAAAGUGCCAUGACUAGGGCUUAGCAUAGCUUUUUAUUCCUGUUAUGGCACUAUUUCCAGUGAAUGUCAGAAAUAAAAAUAGGAUAUGUGGCCAGUUUUGUGGCCAGAAAAUUUUGUAAUUAUUUUAUUAUAAUAGAAACUGACUUAGUCUUAUUCAUAAAUGAAGAAGUACAUUUUUUAUAAUUUGUGGAGCUCAUUUAUUUUCCUCCCCAAAGAUUUGGCCAAUCAGUACUUUUUAUGCAUCUUCCCAUUUAAAUUUGUAUUAAACUUAAAAGUUUAUAAAAAAAAAAUUGAGUUCUUGAAAAAUUCAUAUUCCAUGUGAAAUGUUAUCAGAAACACUAUUUCUGUAUCCUUUAUGAAUCUUCUAAGAACAAAACCCGGAUGGUUGGUUCUGUAUUUGACAGUACAAAUUGUACAAUUAAAAGGCUGUUUAUCAAA